GUAUGCUACUCUCGCCAGUUCGAAAGCAACCUUCGUUACUACCGCGUCCAUUUAAAAUUACAAAACUUUUUUUAACAGAUAUAUUUUUUACACAACUCCAUGUUGUGAAUUCCCGACUCCAUACGCGAUUUCUUAAACUCACUCGGGCUAGUUUUGAUAGUUUCUAUCAAAAACAUUACAAUGGAUUCACCCGUGGAUUUUUAAAUUUAUUUAUUAUUAAACCCAACCCGUGUUUAUGUUUUUUGUUCCCACACACAUCACUAUGUAUUUUUGAAACAUGUGGUUACAUAAAAUAAGAAUGAAAAGUUUGCUCAACUCUAUUUUGUAGCUUUGUUAAUUGUUUUAUGUUUCAUGUUGGUUUUGGAAAUUAUAUAUUUUUUUUAAAUUAAUAAUGAAGUUCCUUAAAGUGUUUGGUGUGAAAUACGCCAGUGUUGUGAAUUUAUUCUUGGUGUUUGUGUUUGUAAUAGUCUUAGGACAAGUUUAUCAUGCUAACGGGGAAUCCGAAAAAGUUGGAAUAUGCGCUAUGGCUGGAUGCAAUUGUACCAUUGUUGCCAAACAUUGGGUUAAUGUUAAAUGUAUUUUUACAGAUUAUGAGGAAGUAGAAUUACAUGAAGGGUCAAUUCCAGCUGACGCAUCAGAUGUCUCAGUGUCUCGUUGUCGCGAAUUGAGGAUCCACUCAGGAGCUUUUACAGGCGGUCCUCAACUAAAAAGAGUUCACGUGACGGGAAUACACAGUGUUGUCGCUAAAACUCAGGCAUUUCACAAUAUUAGCGCUCCAAAUCCACUCUUGGAAGUUACCGAAUGCAAUCGAGUUGUAUUGGAGUCUCAGGCGUUCAAAAACGCACGUGGAACGCUUUCAGUGUCUAUAUCAAGAUGCAAGCACGUUGAGAUAAAGCCAAAUGCCUUCUCUUGGUUACUCAGAUUCUCGAUUAGCCAAGUUCCUGAUCUUGAAUUAUCGAGCAACGCUUUUAAAUUCGAUGCACCUCCUCACGGUCGUCAUGGACCAGCGACUAAGAUAAUGUUCCAAAGUGUUAAAAUAACGGAGUUGCCAAGUUCAGUAUUUCCGUCAGCAGCUGCUGAGAUUCGUAUGGACGACGUUUGGACAAAAGUUAUUCGCAAGGAUGCUUUCUGCGCGUUGCUAUUUCUCGGAGUUAGAAUAAGCAAUGCGUCAAUAAACGACAUCGAGUAUGGAGCGUUCAACGACAAAACUCUAAUUCAUAAUUUCGAAUUAAUCGACGUAUCACUACGAAAUAUCAAAAACGGAUCCUUCCGAGCUGCAUUUAACAACUUUACAAUUCAAUAUUCGAGGGUAGACUCAAUCGAAAGCGGAGCAAUAGACAUUUCAGCAGCAGCAAUAGCCUUCAACAACAACGAAUUUCACUUGCUCGAAAAAAAGUCAAUAACCUUGAAACAAUGGAGCAAGAUCAUCGUCGACCACAACCACUUUAUCGACAUAGCCGAGGAUGGAAUCGUCGCGGAUGAAAUCGCUGAAAAAACCCCAGAACAGCAGCUUGAAUUCUCGUUCCGCGGCAACAGAAUUAACAAAGCUGAGAAAAAUUCGCUGCGAUUCGCUUCAAUCAGUGAGAAGUCCAACAUAAACAAUGCGACUGUCGGAAACAACUACUUCGAAAAAAUGUGCAAUUGCUUCAUUGAGAACUACAUCCGUGAAAUAACCGGGAGGAACUCUUCCGUGGAGUGGAUAAUGAAGUCUAGUUACUGCAUCGCCGGAGACUGGUUAGGAAAUUGUUUGAAAAUCCCUCAGGGUUACUUAGAAAUGGGGAAUUUCACGUCAACGAUCUGCAGCCCGGAGGACAACGUAGUUUGCCGUGAGCCCUCGGAAAAGCCUACAUCCAGUGUGAGUCCACCCAGCGUAGGUCCACACGUUUAUCCUCGACAGAACAGCUUUUUCGACGUCGAAAUGAGCGACUCUGAACAAUUGGAACGCGAAAAACGGCUGAUAGUAAUUGUUUGCGUAGCAGCUGUUUUUGUGAUAAUCGCAAUCAUCCUAACGUCUGGAAUUCUCUACAUGCGCCGCCGUGGCGUCUGCCCAAAGCUGACCUCCGGCCAUCUUAUGAACCUGACGAAUUCGUGGCUGUCACCUAACAGCGGAAUGACCGCAGCUACAUCAGCUCGUUCGAUUUCGCGGCUCAGUAUUAAUGAGUACGCUGGAUUGAGGCCAGAAAUGCGGACUUUGAACGAAAAUGAACAAAAUGACAACCUUCAAGAAAAUGCAGAUGUUCUGACCGAAGAAGGCUUCACUUAUACGGAAAACAAAGCUUCUCAAACGCUGCCAGAAGAACUGACCGAGGAAUAUUUAAGGGAACUACGUGACCGACUUAACGACCCGGAUAAUUACAGCCAGGCGCGUGACAUGAUUGAGCACCUUUAUGAUCUCAUAAAGGUGGAGGAAAGUUGCAAUAACAAUAAUGAGAGACCUGGAUCUUGUGGGCUCAAUGAUGAGGAGAAUACUUACGAUAUAAUUGCUCCGCGAAUUCGCAGACCGCGGAACCAAAAGCCUACUACGGAUAUGGGCACAAAAGUGCCGUCUUUGGAGAAAUUGUUGCCAAGUGAGCAUUCUAUUGUCAAUAGACCGGCUAUUGCUGAGUACACUGAGCCAAGAGACCUGAGAACUAGUGAUCAAAAUCAUCUUUACGCAGAAUUACCCGGAGAUGAAACUGUGCCAAGCACUAGCAGACUUUCACAGCCGAUUUUAGCGGCUACUUUGGCUGCCGCUCGAGCACCAUUACCACUGCCACCAGAUGUUGUUAAUGAUCAUCUUAUUAAUAAUAAAAGUAGUUGUAAGAGUAGUAAUAAUGAUAGUUGUAGGAAUAAUAAUAAUUAUGAAAGACAGUAUUUAGAUCUGGAUGUUGAGCAUCCUUAUCAGGAAGCUAUUAACGAUAAAAGACACCAGUCUAAGUCGUUGUUCUUCUUUAAAGCGCUUGGCGAUAGUUUGAAGGGUAAUAAAAUGAGUAAUAAUAAUAAUUGUAAAGGCGUAAGUCUGUUUGCGGAGUAUGCUGAUCCGAAUGACGUUACCGCGCAUCUUUAUUCAGAACUGCCGGAACCACAGGGCUCCUCAACGCCUGUUAGUAAAAUGGCAAAUCGACCGCUUCCGAUAAAACCAGACCAAGAGAAUGUUACUAUUAAUUUGGCCAGGACGUGAGUUUAAACUACCGACAUGUGUGCCAAGCUUUAUUGUCUGUGAUAAAAUCGCUUUUUUAUCUUGAUUACUUUAUCGUUUAUUGUAAUUAAAAGUUUCACCGAGGAAAGUUGUCCGGUUUUUCCUUGAAAUAAAUAAAAUUAAUCUGUUGGAUUGAUUGAUUUAUUGAUUAAGGGACUAGUGUAUGAUUGGUAUUAAUUUCAAGUGAUUUGUGAACUCGACUUGUUUAUCGGUUGAGUGAUUUAUUUCUAGAGGUUAUUCAUUCUUUUUUAUUGUGUAUAAUUGAAUAUUUGGAAGAUUGUUUUCUUUUUCUUUUUUUAUAUUAGUAAAGUUGUAUUCUAUAUCGAUGCAGUAGAACGGCUUUCGAACUGAUUUUCUAACGAACGAAAUAAUAAUUAUAAAUAUCAUAGUAUAAUAUAACUUUUUUAUAACGAAUUACAGUGUAUGU